UUGGAUAAUCAAAAGGAAAACUGAAGCAAAUAUCAAAAGCUUCGCAAAUGGCGGGUGCAGCAACAGCCUCAGUGCUUCUCUCUAAUUCGAUCCCCAAAUCUUCCCAAAGAUCUGAACCACCCAAGCCCAGGGACCUCAUUAACGGAAACUCACACUCGAUUUUGCUGAAACUCGGUGCAAAUUUGGGCGGGAAGUGUUCGACGAAAUUGCGGGCCGGGAUGUCGCAAGUGGAGCCCGAUCUCAAUGAGGAUCCCAGGGACAGAUGGGCAACCCCCGGAAUUCUGGAGGAGGAUUAUGUAUACGGGAAGUAUGAUGGGCAUCACACAUUCUUUGAGAGUGAUGAUAGAGGCUCUUUUUGGGGAUCGAUCGCUGAAGAUUAUGCAUCAAUGGAUCCUCCUACAGGAUUCCAAGGUCUUAUUUCAUGGCUAUUUCUUCCGGCAAUUGCUGCUGGGAUGUACUUUAAUGUUCCGGGGGAAUACCUCUACAUCGGUGCAGCUGUAUUUACAGUGGUAUUUUGCAUUAUCGAGAUGGACAAGCCUAGUGAGCCACACAACUUCGAACCUCAAAUAUACAACAUGGAGAGAGGAGCUCGCGACAAGCUGAUAUCCGAUUACAACACCAUGGACAUAUGGGAAUUCAACGAGAAAUACGGGGACCUGUGGGACUUCACAGUAAAGAAAGAUAACAUCACAAAGAGAUAAUAAGCUUGUGCUAGGAAACUUGUAUAUCCAAAAGGUACAUAAAAUCUCUACUCGUCCCCCUCACCCCCCCCACACUCUCGUUAUUGCUUUCCUCUUUUUUGGUCGAUAAACCCGCCCCAUUACUUGAAGAAACAUCAAGAAUUUGAGACAUUGAACAAUCCUGUUUACAUCUGUGCUGUACAAAUUACAAUCCAAGAGGACUGUCUUUACAUGAAGCUUGAUGAAUGAAUGGAUCUGAAUAUAUUAAUAGAA